AUGAUUUCCAACUCCAGUUCAGACUCAAACGCUGCGCUGGCCUCAGACACAGCAGCAGCAGCAGGAGGACCAACAACCACCACCAGCAACGACGACCUCUCUCUCAAGGCUCUCAAGGACGCAACCUUUGUCAAGACUUCUGGAAGCUCUGAGGAUCAGGAUAUGGAUCUCAAGCAGGCAGACCCUCUGGACUCUCCAACAGCCUCAAGCCCAUCGUCCUCAUCGGAUAUUUCAGAUGCCUCAGCGUUAUCAUAUUCGUCUUUGCCAUCGUCAGGCUUGGUGGCUUUGGCUGGCAUGGCCACAUCGACAGCUAUUAUUACCCAGGACCACUUGAACGAGAACAACAAGCGGCUCAUCUCCUUGACUGCCCAAUGGAAUGGCAAAAAGCUUCCGUUUGAGGUGGACUUGGACUAUACCAUUGGAGAGCUGAAGAACAAGCUGAUGGAGUUGACCAACGUUGAGCCCAAGCGACAAAAGUUGAUGCUGGUCAGAGGGAAGCUUCCGGAUGACAGUGUUGUGCUCUCAUCUUUGUCUCUCAAAAACAACCAGACAUUCCUGAUGAUGGGGACUCCUGAGGCAAAAGUGAUUAGGGCACCUGAAGUGAUGCCCGAAGUCUUGAAUGAUCUGGAGGAGGACUAUACACCAGACGAUGAAGCAUUUGCAAGCAUGGCACAGAACCAAAAGAGUCUCAGGAGUACUAUCGCCAAGUGUGACAUCAACAUCAUGCACCCCAUGCGUCCAGGAAAGAAGCUGCUGGUACUGGAUCUGGACUACACAUUGAUUGACUGCAAGGCGCUGAACAACCCUUUGGUUGAUGUCAUGCGGCCGGGACUUCACGAGUUUCUAUCGGUCUGUUACGAGGAGUACGACAUUGUGAUCUGGUCGCAGACAUCAUGGAGGGCGCUGGAGGCAAAGGUCACCACCAUUGGGUUGUUGACACAUGCUGACUAUAAGAUCUCGUUUGUGAUGGACAUUUCGACCAUGUUUUCUGUGCUGAGCCAACGCGACGGCAAGCCUUUCAAGCACCAGGUCAAGGCACUGGAUAUUAUCUACUCCAAGUUCCCACAAUACUCUGCCAAGAACACCGUACAUGUCGACGAUUUGUAA